AUAAUAGUAUAAUAUAUAGUCAUAUUUAUAUGUGGCUUAUUUUGAGCCACGUCUCCCAAUACCAUCUUUUUCUCUCAUUGUUUUUGGUAUGUGACUUAACACAUAACUAUAUAUAAACACACAUAAUAUGUAUAUACACCAUAUUCAUAAUCCAAACUAUGUGUAUUUACACACAUACACAAUACCAUAUAUAAAUUUAUCUCAAAAUCAUCAAAAGAAGAAAGAUCACAACAACAAUGAUGAUUUGAUGAUGAUGAAGAUGAUAACAAUGGAGGAGAGAUCAUCAAGAGUAGAGAAAACCAAUUCAACUCCAACAAUAAUGGCUGACGACUCAACUGAGAUAAGCAUAUUCGAUGCUCAAAAAUACUUCAACGACCUCAACCUUCUAAACCCUCCUCAAAAACCCACUUCCACUCCCGCCGUCGCCGGCGCCGGCGCCGCCGUAUCCGGCGGCGGAGGUGGCGGAAACCGAGUUUCACCUCUAGCCGAAAACAUCGCCGAGCCUUCCAGAUUCUCCUCAGCCUCUUCCUCAAUCGAUAGCUAUAACAAUAUCAACAAUAAAACUCACCGGAACUCACAGACGAUGAGAAGAACCCGAUCUUUCCGAUCAACCGCCACCACACCCACCGCCUCUUCCGAAGCCAGCUGGAACAGUCAAACCGGUCUCCUCUCCGCUCCUCCCGGAUCCUUAUCCGUCUCAUUCAAACACCCACUUUCUUCCGACAAACGCACGGCGGCCCCGGCGCCGGCGCCGCCGUUCUCCGGCGGAGUCAGGUGGCUAAAUUUAAGAAGAAAGUGUCCUUGUCUCUGCAAAAAAUCCGUUCAAGUCAAAGAAAAUCCUGUACGGACAAUAUCGGAAAGUCAUAUCCCGAUACCGCAAAUAGCAUUACCACCAUCGCCGUCGCCGUCGCCGCCGCCUGCGGCGGCCGAGAGAUUAGUACAUUGUAGUAUUAAGUCAACAAUGGCUGAGAUUAGAUCUGGUACAAUUGGUAAUAAUACUAAUUUCGAACAGAAUUGGGGAAAUAUCAAUUCUCAUCAUCACCAUCAUCAUCAAAUGAGAAGAUCGUUGCAGAGUAAUAAUAAUGGAAAAUCAAAUAUUGGGUUUACUUUUCCAAUUCUGAAUAAUCAAGCUUCAUCAUCAUCAUCAACAACAAUGGCGGAAUUCGAAGAUCCAGCUAGAGAUUCACUCGAGAUAUUCAGUCCACCAUCUCAUAGUAAUCGAAUAUCAUUAAAUAAUAACACUCGUAAUUUCACUUUCUUAACUAGUCCCACAUCGAGAAUGAGAACACUCAACGCCCCCUUUAUUAAUAACACCACCAAUGGUCAAAUCAGUAAUAUUACUUAUGUCGACGUGGACGACGGAGCAAGCGAUGCCAGCUCAGAUCUUUUCGAAAUAGAAAGUUUUACAACUCAGCAAACGACCACAACUGAAUCCACAACGACCACAGCGGCUCACCCUUCCAUGUUCCUUUUCAACCGCCAACGGCGAGAUUCCCUCGAAGAAGCGGCCGCAAUGCGGCGGUUUCCUCCGAUCUCCGCUGCUUUGUAUCAUCCGAUUUCGGGUUUGACGGCGGCUGAUUAUGGUUACGAGCCUAGUGAAGCUAGCAUUGAUUGGAGUGUGACUACCGCCGAGGGGUUUGAUAGAGCGAGCGUGGCUAAUGCUUCCGAGGCUGAUUUUGGGGAAUAUUUGGUUGCGACGUCGUCGGGGCAGCCGCCACAUGUGGCGGCGGUGGAGAAGAAUAGGAGGAGGUCUUCGGGUAAUGGGUUGUUGAUGAGUUGUAGGUGUGAGAAGGCGGUAAGUGUGGGGCCAGGUCCGAGGCCGAUGUCAAGGGUUGUGACUCGGCCGAGCUCUUCUAGUGGUGGCGGUGAGCGUGCACGGGCGGUGGGGCAAGGGAUUUCGCUUUCGUCGAGCUCUACUUUGGCCAUGUGGGCGGUGGGCCAGAAAGGUUGAAUUUUGUCCAAUUCCGAGUUGUAUUGAAAGAGUUAUGGUCAAAAUACGAGUUUUUUUGUGGGGCUAGGUCAAGCUCGACGGGUGGUGUCUGUGGCGGUGAGCACGGACGGGUUUUGGGGCCGGGGAUAUCGCUUUCGUUGAGCUCUACAUUGGCCAUGUGGGUGGGUCAGAGAGAAUUAGGGUUUUCUUUUUUACAAACAUGUAGUGUGCAUGGGUGCAUGCAUGGCUAAGACUCUAUCCAGUUCCCUCUCUUUAUAUUGCUUGGUUAUUAUUUACUAUUUAUUUUUGUUUUAUUCAAUUUUAAUUCUUUAUUUUGUUUGUAAGUAGUAAUAGUAGUAGUAGUAGUAGACAUUUUUCCAUGAUGGUCAUGUUAUGUGUUUUGUUUUUUUAUGUUAGAGUUUGUGUUUUUAAUGAUUUUAGUUUCGAUUUUAUGUUGGGAUUGUGGAAUAUUCGUGUCUGUCUGUUAUUAAUAUUUAGGAAUUAUUUAAUAACACUUGGUUGCUAUAA